AUGAGAGAGUCUUUCCAGGCACGUCACACUGCAAAGGAAUCAAUUCCAAACCUCUCCGACUACAUCCAGCUACCAGAUCUCAAGGAAAUCAAUAUCUCUCCAUCUUCCAUUCCACCUCUAAACUCUCACCCUCCUGUUCACGUUGCAGGGAGACCUGUACUUGCACCCAUACCGCCCGAGCCUACGCCUGAGCCUGUCCCUCCGCCAGUACCAGCACUGGCACGGCCUAAACCCACAGCUUCACAGCGUCUGAGUCGUGAGCUUCGAGCACUCACCGAUAAGACCAAUUUCGAGAAGGUUCCUACAAAUCUCCCAGCGCAACGACACACAGUUGCGCGUCAGCCAGGCACUUUGACUGAAUCUGACUCAGAUCUCGAAUUAAAUGAGAGCUCAGAUGAAGAUAAUGUCCAAUUAGCCACAGAAGAUGCGUCCCUACCCUCGAAUCCCAGCUCUUAUGUGCCAACUAAAGCUCGACGCUGGAGACCCAAGCCGAACUUCAAAGCGCCCGACCAUAUUCUGAUUCCCAUUGUUGAUGGUGUCGAAGCUGCUUUAAACACGUCUACAAGCCGCGAGCCAACAACACUGGGAGAAGCUCUGAAACGCCCUGACGGCGACAAGUAUGUCCAAGCGGCUAUAGAAGAGGUCAGAGCUCACCUGGAAAACGGCACGUGGAAGCUUGUGCGACUCCCCCAAGGCAAAAAGGCUAUCGGCUCACGUUGGGUAUUCAAGAUCAAACGUGACGCAGACGGGUCUAUUAGCAAAUACAAGGGACGAAUUGUGGCAAAGGGAUAUGCACAACGAGAGGGAAUCGACUACACAGAGACCUUUGCACCAACAGCUCGCUUUGGUGCCCUUCGCACCAUCAUAGCACUUGCAGCGCUUGAAGACUGGGAGCUAGAGUCAGUAGACAUAUCAACCGCCUUCCUCAACGGUGAGAUUGAUGCAGAGGUCUACAUGCAAAAGCCAGAAGGUGUCGAGUUCGAGGGCUAUGAAGGCACGAGCUGGGUGCUUCAACUUCUCAAGGGCCUCUAUGGAAUCAAACAAGGCCCUCGCAUCUGGUCUGUGAAGCUACACACUGUCCUAUCAGAAAUUGGAUUCAAACGUCUCGAAAGCGAUCACAGUGUCUUCAUCUAUGAACGCGACAGUGUGAAGAUCAUUGUACCAGUCCAUGUCGAUGACUUACUGCUUGCAUCAAAGUCAUCCGAAGCCAUUCAAAUGGCGAAGGAUGAGCUCAAAGCACGCUUCAAGAUCCAUGACCAAGGCCCUACCUCAUUCCUACUUGGUGUCAAGCUUGAGCGCGAUCGCCAAUCCCAUACCAUCUCCCUCUCUCAACCUGCGUACAUUGAACAGAUUCUUGAAACCUACAAAAUGCAGGACUGUAAUGGCGCCGACACGCCUAUGGCUGAAAAGCCGCUCCUCUCCACCAAGGAUUCACCACAAACUGAGCAGGAGAAGUUGGAAAUGCAGAAUUUACCCUAUCGAGAGGCCCUUGGAAAGCUCAUUUACCUCGCCACUGCCACUCGACCAGACAUCUCAUAUGCCGUGGGGGUGCUCUGUCGGUUCAGCGAGAACCCUGGACAAGCACAUUGGCUAGCUCUCAAACGGAUACUGCGAUAUCUCCGCAAAACAACAAACUACAAGCUCACCUACGGCCUUAAACCCGACUCCGAUGAACUGUUCAUAACACAUAGUGAUGCCGAUCUGGGUGGAAAUGCCGAUAAUACCCGCUCAACAGCCGGUUUUGUCAUGUCAAUCGGUGGUGGCGCUGUAAUGUGGAGUAGCCGACUCCAGCGCCACACAUCACUAUCAUCAACAGAGUCGGAGUAUACAACAGCCUCCGCUACCGGGUGCGAAAUGAUCUGGAUGCGGUCAUUCCUCGAUGAAAUUGGCUACGACAUUGCGUCCUACCCAUCCACCUUAUUUGUUGACAACGCCUCUGCCAUCCAAGUUGCCAAGAACCCAGAACACCAGUCCACUAUGAAGCAUGUUCACCGUAGCUUCAACUGGAUUCGCGAGAGAGUUGCCAAUAAUGAAAUCCGCGUCGCUCAUGUCCCUGGAGCCGUCAAUGUUGCCGACAUCUUCACCAAACCACUAGGCCGCAUCAAGUUUGAACAGUUUGUCAAAAUGCUCGGUCUGAUCCCUCACCCACAUGCCCGUACUCAGUCCAUGCGCUAA